CCGAGCUGCAAACAUCAUCCGCUUUGAGCGCUUAGGCGCAGUGAUUACAUGCUCUCAGAGAGAGAUAGAGGGAGAGAUUCGCGGGGCUUUAUUUAGAAGUUGCAUUUAUGGUAGAUUUGCAGUGCGUAAAAGCAGGACUUUUUUCCCUACUCGUGUGGAAUGUCCAUGUUGUUUUGUGACUUUGUGUGAAGAAGAGGCUGUCUGUUCUGAGCACAGGGAGUGUUGGCUAUGCGUCCUGGCUGCAGCCUGCAAUGUUUGCGCUGACGCCAAAACUCACAGACCGGUGCAGAAUUGAUUAAAACAGAGGAGCUCGGAUCAAAUGGCUGUGCUUCUCACAGCUGAAACGACACAAUGUUCCACUGACCCGAGGCACAGGAGAGGAAUUUCACAAUCGUGCAGCCUUGUUGCUGUUUAUUUCACUGCCUUUUUGCGGACAGAGGACAUGGGAAAUGCAAAUGUAUUGUAAGAAAAAGGAAUAACACUUUUUUUUUUUCAUCUUGAAGUGCACUUUGUGAGAGGAGAUGAUUUGGUUAAUACUCCUUCUCUCCAUCCUGCAUGGAGCUGUUUCUCAGCUACACUACUCCGUGCCAGAGGAGCAGGAGCCUGGCUCCGUGGUUGGGAAUAUUGCAGAGGAUUUGGGGCUGGACAUUACCAAACUUUCCGCUCGCCGUUUCCAGACGGUGCCCAGUUCGCGGACACCUUAUCUGGAGGUGAACUUAGAGAACGGAGCGCUUGUGGUGAAGGAGAAAAUCGACCGAGAAGAAAUCUGCAAGCAAACCACCCCGUGCCUAUUGCACCUGGAGGUGUUUCUGGAGAACCCGCUGGAGCUGUUUCGCGUUGAAAUUGAAGUGAUGGAUAUCAACGACAAUCCACCCAGCUUCCCUGAGACGGACAUUUCCGUGGAAAUAUCCGAGAGUGCCAUCCCCGGGACCCGUUUCCCGGUAGAGAACGCCUUCGACCCGGACGUGGGCACGAACGCUCUCAGCACAUAUGCCAUCACGAACAAUAACUAUUUUUACCUUGACGUGCAGACACAGAGUGACGGGAACAAGUUCGCGGAGCUGGUUCUAGAGAAGUCUCUGGACCGGGAGCAGCAGGCUGUGCACCGCUACGUGCUGACGGCUGUGGAUGGGGGCAUCCCGCAGCGCACUGGGACGGCUCUCCUGGUCGUUAAAGUGCUGGACUCGAACGAUAACGCGCCCACCUUUGACCAGUCAGUGUACUCUGUGAAUCUGCGGGAAAACUCUCCCGUGGGUACUCUGAUCAUCCAGCUCAACGCCACAGAUGUUGACGAGGGACAAAAUGGGGAAAUAGUUUAUUCUUUCAGCAGCCACAACGCCCCGCGGAUAAAGGACUUAUUCAACAUUGACGCCAGGACAGGUAGGAUAGAGGUGGCGGGAGAGGUGGACUACGAGGAGAGCAGCACGCACCAAAUUUACGUCCAGGCUAAAGACAUGGGAGCUAACGCGGUCCCCGCGCACUGCAAAGUGCUGGUGAAACUCGUGGACGUGAACGACAACACACCGGAGAUUGGUUUCAGCACUGUGACCGAGUCCGUGAGCGAGCAGGACGCCCCGGGCACCGUCAUCGCACUUUUUAGCGUCUCAGACCGGGACUCCGGCGAAAAUGGACACAUGAGCUGCGAGGUUUUGGGAGACGUUCCUUUCAAGCUCAAAUCCUCCUUUAAAAACUACUACACUAUCGUGACAGACGGACCACUGGACAGAGAGAACACAGACUCCUACACCAUCACCGUGGUGGCCAAAGAUAAGGGUCAGCCGUCGCUCGCCACUAGCAAGUCCAUCAAAGUGCACGUCUCCGAUGAGAACGACAACGCGCCCCGCUUUACGCAGGCUGUUUAUGAUGUUUAUGUGACUGAGAAUAACGUGCCCGGGGCUUUCAUCCACGCUGUGAGUGCCAUGGACCCUGAUAUAGGACAAAACGCUCUCAUUACCUACUCCAUAUUGGAGUGUGAAAUACAGGGCAUGUCCGUGGACACGUAUGUAUCCAUAAACCAGGACACCGGCUAUCUUUACGCGCUGCGCUCUUUUGACUACGAGCUGCUGAAGGAAUUUAGUUUCAUGGUGCAUGCUAAAGACGGUGGAGCUCCCGAGCUCUUCUCUAACGCCACUGUCAAUGUGAUCAUAGUGGACCAGAAUGACAACGCACCCACUGUUAUAGCCCCCAUCGGUAAGAACGGCACAGCUAAAGAGCACCUGCCGCGCUCUGCUGAGCCCGGGUACCUGGUGACGCGCAUCAUGGCUAUGGAUUCGGAUGAUGGCGAGAACGCACGGCUGUCCUACAGCAUUCUGCGGGGCAACGAGAUGGGGAUGUUCCGCAUGGACUGGAGGACGGGGGAGCUGAGGACAGCCCGCAGGAUCUCCCCCAAGAGGGACCCGCAGGGCUACUACGACCUUCUGAUCGAGGUGAGAGACCACGGGCAGCCCCCUCUCUCCUCUUCUGCGAGCGUGAGUGUAAUAUUAGUGGACAGCGUGGUGGAGGGCCGCAGUGGGGACCGCGGCUCGGCCUCCAAGGCGAAGGAGACCUCCCUUGACCUCACCCUCAUCCUCAUCAUUGCCCUGGGCUCUGUGUCAUUCAUCUUCCUCCUGGCCAUGAUCGUGCUGGCCGUGCGCUGCCAAAAGGACAAGAAGAUCGACCUGUACACGUGCCUGCUAGCCGGAGAGUGCUGCAUGUGCUGUGGCUCGUGCUGCAGCAGGCAGGCCCGCGGCCGGAAGCAGAAGAAGCUGAGCAAAUCCGACAUCAUGUUGGUCCAGAGCACCAACGUGACGUCAGGGGUCGGGCCCGUGGGGCAGGUGCCCGUGGAGGAGUCUGGUGUGGGCGGCGUGGGAGGGGGCUUCGGCUCCCACCACCAGAACCAGAACUCCUACUGCUACCAGGUGUGUCUGACACCGGAGUCAGCCAAAACGGAUCUGAUGUUCCUGAAACCGUGCAGCCCCUCCCGCAGCACGGAUACGGAUCACACCAACCCCUGCGGCGCCAUAGUGACGGGUUACAGUGACCAGCAGCCGGACAUCAUAUCCAACGGCAGCAUUCUCUCUAAUGAGAUUUUCACCUCUCCCGACGCCCAACCCUCUCAUAUUUUUCCAUCUACCCUGAUCUGUGACCUCACUGCAGGCGCUGACCUGUUCUCCAACUGCACGGAGGAGUGCAAGGCCCUGGGUCACUCGGACCGCUGCUGGAUGCCCUCCUUUGUGCCGUCCGAUGGGCGCCAGGGGCCGGACUACCGCAGCAACCUGCACGUCCCCGGCAUGGACGCCACGUUGCCCGACACUGAGGUACCCUCCUCCGUCAACCUGCCCGAUCAACUCACCAUGGCCUCGUCCACCGCCUCGUCCAACGAUAGGUCAUUCUCAACCUUUGGCAAGGACGGUCAAAGGUCACAGUCACACCAAAGCCUUCACCAUCACCUCCAUCAGCAACAGCCGCAGUACAGCUCCAGCACGCUAGAGAGGAAAGAGUAUGAUAGGGGGACCCUACCAUACAAACCCACCUUUCUCUCCCGCAAAAGGAUUUGCUAGCUCGUUCCACGUAGACCUGUCGGAGACAGCGUGAAUUUCUGUGCUAAAACCACCAACGCUGAUACCGGAGACAGCAACAUAAAACUACACAAACAGUAACCUGGACAAAAGCAACCUUGGUUAAGCUUCAUUAUCUUGGGCGCGAACUGUAACAAAGCCUUGGCAGUGGUCGCCGGGGGAGAAGAGGAGAACUAAAUACUGAUUAGCUGUAAACCUCAAGAUAUUUUGAGGAGCAAUCCAAGGCCUUAUUCCUCUCAGCAGGACUGAGACUGGGGCCGAAACACUCAACAUGUGAAAUUAUUAAGUCAUCAGCAGACAGAUUAGAGGAACUGAAACGGACAUAGGAAUACAAAACCUGAAGAGGGACCCAUUAGCCCACAGAGGUGGGUUGUUUUUUUUUGGACUGAGGAGUUAGCCUCUAGAGAUCUGUGUGUGCCUGUUUACAUGACGAAGAAAAAUAAUGUUUCUGUACAAACUUCAACCAAUGUCACACGGAGCCCUUUAGCUAUUUCUAUGGUCACCACUAAGCCAACUGUACAGAGACUGUGUGGGGUAAAAAAAUUGAGAGGAAGUGAGAAACUGAGCAGAAGGUUAGACAUAGAGUGAGAGAGAUCAGGUGUUGUACAGGUAUAAAACACGGGGGAAAUAAAAAAGAAGGACAAGGGGACGAGCAGAGAUGAUGUGCAGUACUAUAAAUUCUGUAUCUCCGGUUUUUUGACUUGACUGUCUUUAUAUAACUUCUCUUUUUUUUGUUUCUGUUGUUCUUUCUGUGUGGUUAAAGUGUGCAGACUAAAGUAUUCCAACGUACUGUUACAGACAGGAACAUGCUGUCAGGAGCCGGGUUCAGUCCUCUUUUAACUUUAGCCACUUCAGGAAGGAGAUUUUAACACUGCGUAGAACAAAAGGAGAGAAAAACAAUCCACAUGUUCAGUUUAUCAAUAAAAUAUCACAAAUGAAUGUUCUCAUGUCUAAACUAGUGACUAACAGUUCCUUCCU